AGGAAGGAGCCUGACCAUGGCUUGGAGCGGGAGCUCGAUGUGAGGGCUCCUGGCUCCCAAGCACCUCCAGUGUCCUGCCGAGAAGGGGAGAGAUGUGCGGGAAGCCCUGGAGAGACUAGUCGGGGAGAGGGGGGCGCCUGCCUGCCUGCCUGCCUGCCUGCCUGCCGUGGACCAAAGACCUCCGGGACUGGCGGCCAUCGCGGCGGGUCUUCCUGUGCUCUCGGCCCCCGACGCUGUGUGUUUCCCGGAGCUCAGUGGACGCCGGGCGAUCAGGUGAUCUGCCGCAAGGGAACUCUGGGAGGCAGAGGAGGCAGCCUGUGUUUCUUGGAGCAAGGGAGAUGCCAGCUCUCUUCCUCCUGCACACAGGACCGUGGCAGCUGGAGACAUGCAGAAACGUGCUGGGUGAACCCCCCCCCCCCCGCAAUCCACUCAUUGUGUGAGGGGAAUGUCAAGUGCAAUGUUCCCCAGAAGAGAGUACCUGGAGCCGCCUCACCCCUCACUUGGAGUAAAGGAAGAGAUGUCCUAAAGUGCGGGAAAGUCUCUCAGAGAAGUUCAAUCUCUAUAGAAACCAGAGAUCUCACAUGGAGGAGAAGUAUUCCUGUUUUGAGUGCGGGAAAUGUUUUUCAUGUAAGUCCUAUUUUUAUAUAUACCAGUGAUAAUACAAGAGGGAGCAGCCAUACCCUUGUUCAGAGUGCGGAAAUGUUUUCUCAGAUAAGUCUAGACUUUACAUAUAUCAGAGAUCUUACACAGGUGAAAAGCCAUAUGUCUGUCCUGAGUGCGGGAAAUACUUUUCAGUGA